CUGUACAGAGCACUAGAUGUGCUUCUCGAUGCAAUCGCAGCCUUUGCUUCGAUCCGGAACGUCUUCUUCACUGAUCGCACUGAGGAUGCUAUCAUCAACAACUCGUUCCUCAAUCCCAAACCCUAGCUUACAUCGCACCAUGAAAACGUCCUCUGCAACUCCUUCCAAGUCUCCAACCCUCCCUCUCUUUGAAAACCCUAAUUUUUCUCUCUCCAAUUCACCCUAUUCUCAAACCAUCACACUAUCCAAAUGCUUCUCUGCAACCGCACACCCCAUUACCGUUUGUAAUACGGAACAAGAAACGAUUGACUCGGAUCCACAGUCUCUCACGGUCGUGUCCUUCUACAAGUUCGCAGAUUUUCCAGACCACGCCAACAUACGAAAGCCCUUGAAGGAACUCUGCGAAGAACUGCGUGUUUCAGGUGGUAUUAUUCUUGCACCAGAAGGAAUCAAUGGCAGCAUAUGUGGGACACGUGAAUCAGUGAAAAGAGUUCUUGGAUUCAUUGAAAGUGAUAACCGUUUGAAAGGGCUUAGACAAGUGGAAUCGCCUGUAAGUCCUGAGGAAGAAGAUAUCCAUCAUGGACACAGUAGCAGUUCUCCUCUUGCAGCAGGCGAAGAUGCUCCCUUUCGUUGGGAUCAUGUGAGGGUCAAGUUGAAAAGCGAGAUAGUUUCUCUUGGACUGCCUACCGUGUCACCAAUUGAAAGAGUUGGAAAAUAUGUAAAUCCAAAGGAUUGGAAUUCAUUGAUUAGUGAUCCAGAUACAGUAGUGAUUGAUGUGCGCAAUAAUUAUGAAACUAGAAUUGGGAAGUUUAAAGGAGCAGUUGAUCCGUGUACCACUGCAUUUCGGGAGUUCCCAUCCUGGGUGGCAGAUCAGUUUCAACUUAGUGAAAAAGAAGGCCAGGUGGAGUUGAAUGGUUCAACCAGAAGUACCACAUCACAUGGAGAGAAUGGACGUGAAAUGCCGCCUCGGGUUGCUAUGUACUGCACAGGUGGAAUCAGAUGUGAGAAAGCUUCAAGUUUUCUCCUCGGCAAAGGUUUCAAAGAGGUUUAUCAUCUGGAAGGUGGGAUUCUGAAAUACCUGGAGGAAAUCCCAGAGUCUGAGAGCCUUUGGGAAGGUGAGUGCUUUGUGUUUGACAAGCGAGUUUCGGUUGAACAUGGGUUGGCACAGGGUACUUUCAAGCUUUGCUAUGGGUGCAAGCAACCUGUGAGUGAUGCGGAUAUGGAAGCUCCAGAGUGGGAGUAUGGAGUUUCUUGUCCACACUGUUACUCUUCGAAAUCUGAACUAGAGAAAGAGAGGGCAAGAGCUCGACAAAGGCAAUUUGAGACAUGGGGUGUUAUUGGUGGUCCAGAUAAGGGUCGCCCACCACCAAAAACAACGGACACUGAAAAAAUUGUCACCCCGGUGUCAAAUUCAGUAUAAUUCUCUGAAAGAUGGAAACACUAAAAUAGAUCCAGUUAGGAAUUCGUUUUCAAUUUUUGACUGAUGUCCAUGCCUGGAAAAUGAGUUGUAAUGAGCGGAUGUGAUCUCAUUUCUGAUGACUUCUCUGCCCCGCGUUUUUUUUUUCUUCGAGAUAGUUGAUUUUAAACUUGUAUUCUAGGUUAGUGACAUUAAUUUAAAAUUUGACCUUAAUUCUCA